UCAACUUCCAGCUUCUACGACCUUUGAUAUUUUUCUUCAAGUUUUUGUUUAUCCUUGUUAUCAUUGAUAUACAAGUCUAGAAAGUAGGUUCUUCAUCAUGGGGUUGUCCAUGUUCAUGUGCAAGCAAUUAACACAAACACUAUUAGAUAAUUUCUCAUCUGGUAUGCUGAAAAUGGAUGUCUUCAAUCCUCGGAGACACAGAGAAAAGGUAAUCAUUGUAAUGGGAGCAACCGGAACCGGCAAGUCAAGACUUUCCAUCAAUCUCGCCACCCAUUUUCCAGCAGAAAUCAUCAACUCCGACAAAAUGCAAGCGUACGAGGGACUUGACAUAGUCACCAAUAAAGUAACCGAGGAAGAGCAACAUGGGGUUCCACACCAUCUGCUAGGGAUACUAAAUCCCAAUGCAGAUUUCCCUGUCACAAACUUCAUUGACAAGGCAUCACUUGCCAUCGAGUCAAGUUUGGGACGAGGCCGGCUCCCGAUCAUCGUCGGGGGCUCGAAUUCCUACAUCGAGGCCUUAGUUGAUGAUGACGACUACAUGUUCCGAUCGAAGUAUGAAUGUUGCUUCCUCUGGGUGGAUGCGUCAAUGUCUGUGCUCCACUCAUUUGUUUCAAAAAGAGUUGAUCAAAUGCUUGAAAAUGGCAUGGUGGAUGAGCUGAGAAAAAUGUUUGAUCCCAAUGCAGAUUACUCAAGGGGGAUUAGAAGAGCAAUUGGGGUACCAGAGUUUGAUCAAUAUCUUAGAAAUGAACCAUUUUUAGACAGAGAACAACGUGGGAUGUUACUCCAAGAAGCAGUAAGUCAAAUGAAGGAAAACACCUGCAGAUUAGCAUGUCGUCAACUGGGGAAAAUUCAUCGGCUUAGAAACAUGAAAGGGUGGAAUAUGCACAGGUUUGAUGCCACCGAAGUGUUUCAAAAGCAGGGCAGAGAAGCAGAAGAGGCUUGGGAUCAGCUUGUUGCAGGACCAAGUGUAGUGAUUGUGAGUCAGUUUCUUUACAAUUUUGCCGCCGCCGCCGCCGCCACCACCACCACCACCUCCUUGAUCCCUACAAAUGUAGCAGGGAUUAAAGUUACGAGGAACGUAGGACCUGCCAUUGCAACUGCAACUUACUAGAGAUUGAUCAAAGUUGAGAUAAUACUACAUAAUUUUUUGACCCAAAUACUUUCUACAAUUUAAAGAGCAUUCGAACAUAAACAGACAUAAUUUGUGGACCUUAUAGCAUUAAAUGCCGCCAAUAAACAAAGUGGAUUCCAGCAUUAAUAAUAGUAGAGUUUACAUGAUGUCGUCUCAAUAUUUUUCAAAUUGUAGAAAGUGUUUACAU